GACGUGCGCGAGCGUGGUCAUCCGCGGGCUGCGCGUCGGAGUGCGCCAAGUAUGUAACGGUAAAAAUAGCUUUUAUUUCCUCCGUUUCGUUAGACGCGCGUCCCGCUGAAUUCGCCGAGCAGAGAUGGCCGGCUUGAGAAGGCACAGGUCGUGGCACGAGGACUUCGCGCGAAACUUUUUCAAGCUGUUUUCGAGAAGUAAAUCGCUGGAGCAGGAGAAGACGGAUAUAGAGCCUGAGAACGGCGAGGAGCAUGAGGACGACAAUGCUUACGGGGAGCUCGGGAAGGAUGAGAGUCUGGUCACAGCUGAGCCUAAGCUGCCUACGGCCCCAGGAUCCCAGACACUGGAGCACACGGACCAGGACGGGGCGGUCGAGGGGGACGGCGCACCAGACGGUGAGGGUGUCGCGCGAGGCAAUGCGCAGCGUGACCCUGCCCCCAUCACGCCUCCUGUCGCGGAGCCCAGCCCGCCAGCACCCCCUGCGGACGGCUUCCUCCGGCGCCUGGGGAGCCUGUUCCUGUUCGCACGGUCUGAGCCUGGGGGAGGCGAGAGGCAGAGUCACCCCAGUGCGGAGGCUCAGGGAUCAGGGGGCGCGGAGCACGCCGACCCCGAAGCCCGUCUCGGAGGAGUGAGGGACGUGCAGGGAGGAGAGCGCACGCCAUCGCUGAGGCCUCAGGAGCCGUCGCACUCUUCAAAGCGGUGUAACUCUUCGGAGCUGUCUCGCUCUGUUGCUGCUCCAGAGGUUAAAGACACACUGCAACCUGAGGAAGGGAUCCAGGACACACAACUGCAGGUGGAGGCUGAGACUGAAGAGGAUGGAGAAGAGGAAGCGGAGAGCCCGCUAGUGGAGAAGGAGGAGGAGCGGCGCCGGGCUCUCGCCUGCCCUCCGGUGGUGACGCAUGGGACGUACCGUGGCCUUAGGGAAGUCAGGAGGAUGAGGAGGCAGGAGGUCCACCUUCACUCGCCCAUCUCGGAAGGGGAGGAGGGACCACGCGGGUCCGGUGCGGGCUUGCUCUCCAGAGACGAGGAAGAGAUGAGCGCCGUCAUCUCGCCCACCGGCAGCCAUGAAGGGCAGGCCUGCGAUGGAGGCUCCUGGCCUUCAGACGUCACGCUCCUUCAGGUCGGCUCCGGGCACGCAAGCCCCGUGCAAGCAGGCUCUUCCCCAGCAUGCCCCAAUGCUCACAGUCCAGUUGAGGCGGAAGGGACGGGCAACACUGGGGCCGAGUGGCAUGCCUUACGCACACAGAACCAAACCAGAACACAGCCUGUGGGUCUAGAACCAGACCUAGCGUCGACCAAUGACGAUGUCUGCACUGGUGAGAAGGGCCCCGAUUGGCCUGCUGUCUGUUUAGAUACGAGUGUCGAGACGCAAGGUGGCCAGCCGGUGCCGUCUGGGCGCGAGACUCCUCAUCUGGAGGCAGUGUCUCCAUGCGAGAGCCAUGCACCGUCUCAGUCUUCGGAUACUUUGCUGUUUCCUCUGACAGUUGGAGCCCAGAAGACCUACGUGCGCUUGUCAAACACCGACACUGCCGCAAACUUGAACGAGUGCUCGGCAGAUGCCAACACUGCUUCCGACGCGCUUGACGGCUUCGUCAGCAUGGAGGUCAUCUCUGGUUCCCAGCAAGGUGGGCGGGGCCAUGAGGAAAGCCACGCCCCCUGUGCAUCAUCCGGCGCAGAGAUUUCAGGCCGUACGGCCCGGUGGCCCGAGUUGGUCCUGGGUGAUGGAGCGGCACAGCUGGGACCUCCUGAGGAGCAGCCAGGCUUGGAAGAGGAGAUGCUGCACGUGGAGUCCGCGAGGACGGUGGACAACAUCCUCAGAAACGCGCUGGCCGCUCUGGAGGCGAUUGACGCGUCCGAGCGAGAGCAGGCGGCUCUCUCCAGCGAUGAGCUCACCGAGCGUGCCGAGGCUCUCGUCCUUCCAGGAGACGCUGCGGAAGGAGCUGCCAGCCUGCAGAGAGCGCUCCAGGAACGCUUGCACGCUCAGGCGGACGGGAGCUCCCAGCCAGGCCCCUCGGACAAGCUCCUGGGCGGCCAGGCGCGGGCGGACGGUAGCCGCUCCACGCCCUCCUCGGGGUAUGAGUCCAUCGCCGGCUCAGACACGGACAUCCAGAGCAGCGUGGGCGUGAGUGCCGAUGUCACCUCUGCCAGUGGGCUGAUCGCGCCGGAGCAGGAGGCCAGAGAACGAGCAGGGAUUGGCUGUCGCACACAUGACAGGGAGCCGUAUACAGAGGGCGGUUGUGUCUGUCAAAAAGACGGGCGCGGCUCUCUGCAUGGCACUGCUUUGCUGCUUGGAGCAAACCUGGAGGAGGGGGAAGGGACUGUUGGGCCUGAGGCGAACAAUGAACUAUUGUCCCAAUAUGCUCUUAACGAUAGCAAUAUUAGUCAUAAAAUAAACAGAACAUCUGUGCAGUCAGCCAUAUCUGAAUCUUUAUCUGGAGUACACAGAGAGCAGGUGCAGUGUAUUUUAGAGGAGCAUGAAGACAGUGUUACCCAGAGAGAGAAUGACGCAGGACCUCAAUACGCAGCCAAAGACAAUCCAGAAAGCAAUAAGCAUGAUCAGGCCUUAGGCUUGGACUCAGGAGCAUCUCCGAUCAUUAGCAAAAAUAAGGACUUGAGGCAGUUGGAGAGUAUUAGUGAGCGUUUAUCUUUAAUCAGAGUGGAAAAUCAUGAUUCAAAACAGCCUGACCUUAGAUAUGAAGUGAGGGAUCCCUCUGAUGAAGAGGAUCAACUCACUCCGCCUGCCAGCCAAAGCCCUGUUGACGGGGAGGGCUUGGAAAAGCCUAAACUGCCAUCUCAGGAUCUACAGGGACACACGCGGGAGUCGUCGGACCGACACAGCGGAGAGGAGUCGAGCUUUGUGCUGGUUCAGACGUACUUGGCGUCUGUAGUUGAGGAUUUACCCGACAGUGAGACCGGGGAGAGGGAGUCUGUCCCUGUCGGUGCGGGACCGAUCCGGCUGCUUGGUUCAGACGCCUUGGUCAGCUGCGGCACAGCGAACUCCUUCCUCUGUAGCAUCACCCUUGACCAAAGCGAGGCCCGUGAGCCCGAGUCGCUGGCGGGGUUCGGCGUGGAGAGAGCGGGGAGCAGGCCAGCAGCCUUCUCCUCCACUGCCAGAGCUCUCCCGGACCUCCCCGGCGUCUCUGGCCGGCUGCAGGCCGGCGAGCCGCACCACGGCCCGAGUGGCUUCGCCGUCAUCAGCGAGGAGGAGGAGACGGACGCGGUGUUUGUGAACGACACGGGGCCCCUGUUGAGCCCAGGCGCCAGGCGUGCCAGAGCUUACCCCUUCUCCCUCUCCCCCAUCUACGAGGAGGACAGUGGGCGAGAGGACUGCUCACGGGAGGAGGCGCUGCACGUGCCCCCUGCCACCGGUGAGGAGCAGCGCAGCGCGGAGCAGCAAGCCUCCUCCAUCCUGUCUCUGCUGCAGUCCGUGAGCGAGAGGCUGCUCUCGUCUGCCCUCGACGGGCCCGAGGACGUGCAGGACACACCGGAGGAGGCCGAGCGGGACGAGGAGGGGAAGCUGGGAGAGGCAGGGGAGGCCGAGGGGGCGUCCUGGCCCCCGCGCGCACCCAGGCCCCUGUGGGAGCGCUACGGCAACGACUCCGACGCCACAGAGGAUGAGUCGGCCCUGCUGCCGCACCGGCUGCUCCCGGGAGCAUGUGUGUCUGGAGCAAAAGCUGCCUGUGAGGAGGGAAGACUUCUCAACUCCAACACAGAGCAGGACAGCAGCGGAGCUGAGCAUGCGCAAGAACAGGAAACGCAUAGUCAAAGUCCUCAGGACAGCGUACUGAUGACCGUUGAUACACCAUUCUAUCACUAUCUCAAAUCGGGCAUAGUGCCAGAGCUUGACAUUGAGCAACCUCUUCUGUGCCAUAGUGAGGGAGGUCUAAUGUCCACCACAGUGAAAGAGAUGGGAAUUUUCAGGAAAGCCAGUCCACGGCCUACUUUGUUGCACAUCUCCGAGGACCUGACAGACGGUGGGCGCGUGAGGGUAGUGCGUGGCGAUGUGGAGGACGCCAACCAAAUUCUCUUCCCACACGGAGCCACCAUCCGGGCCCUCAGAGGCUGCUGGGUACUCUACGUGGAGCCGGGCUUCAGGGGCCAUUCCAAUCUGCUGGAGGAGGGUGAGACCGUCCGGAGCGGCAGCGAGUCCAGAGAGAGCGGUCCCUCGGCGCCACUGCUUGUCGGCUCCAUCAGGAGAGCAGUGAAGGACGACAGCAUUCCAGAGAUCCAUCUGCAUUUAGACAGGACUCCAGAGAGAGAGCCAGAGGUCCUGCACUCUGAAGCCGACUGCGUAGACGAGCGCAGCCCUGUCCGCCUCUCUGAUCUCCGCGUCGGCUCCGGAUGCUGGCUGGUUUAUGACGGCGCUGGAUUCACAGGAAAUCGCACACUUCUGGAAGUGGGAGGCUCGUCCACGCCCUUGGCCCACGACUCCCCCGUCUCCUGUGUGAGGUCACUGCGUCCACUUAGAAUGGGGGGACUGAGAGUGAAGAGGCCGCUGGAUCCAGAGAUGGUGGUGUACGAGAAGCCGCUGUUUCAGGGUCAGUGGCGAAAGCUGCUGGAGAACACACCCAGGCUAGGGGACGGCCUAGCGCAGAUCGGCUCUCUACGAGUCACCGGAGGAGUGUGGGUGGGCUACUCCUGUGAGAACUACGUGGGGCAGCAGUGUGUGCUGGAGGAGGGAGAGCUCACCAGCUGCACUGCGCUCUUCUCUGGGCCAGAGCUGACGCUGAAAUCCUGCCGCUUCCUACAGGCUGACUUCAUCGAGCCAGCGGUCUGUCUGAGGAGCUCUGGGAAACAGCUGGAGAUCCUGGACAGUGACAUGGCAGACCUGCAGCCGACUGCCAUGACGCAAGAGCCAGAUGCCAUCCAUGUGAGGAGUGGAGUGUGGGUGGCAUACAGUGGGAGGAGUUAUACGGGGCAGCAGAGUGUGCUUGAGAGAGGCCAGCACUCUGGAACACUGGACUGGGGUGGCGGCCAGAGCUCACCCCUCUCUAUCCGGCCUGUGCGCAAGGAGCUUUGUGGAGAAAAGGAACCAAAGUUUCUGUUGCGUGCCUACAGCCAGCCUGGCUUUGCAGGAGAGAGCAGAGAUUUUGAAAGUGAGGUGGUGGACUGUGCUGCGCUGUGUCCUGCGUCAUUCCGAGUUAUUCUGGGCAGUUGGUUGCUGCAUGAUGAGGAAGGUUACCAUGGUAACCAGUUUGUCCUUGGGGAGGGUCUGUAUCCUAACCUUGUCUCCUGUGGCAGCUCCUCAACAGCCAUCAGGUCCUUUAGCCCCAUUCCAUAUAGCUUCUCUGAGUCCUCCAUCACUCUUUACUCACUGAGUUCCUUUGAGGGAUUGGAGACAGUGGUGGAUUCGCCCAUGGAGUCUACGGAGCACUUCUUUACCCAGUCUCUUAGGGUCAACAGCGGCUUAUGGGUGGCAUACGAGUUCGACCGCUUCAAAGGGCGUCAGAUGUUGCUGCGGACAGGCGAGUGUUCGUGCUGGGGUGAGCACAGUGGCUGGGACACUAUUGGCUCGCUCCACCCACUCCACCAGAGGCGGGCGUACUUACACGUGCGGAGUCGAGCUCUCGGGACGGCGCUCACUGCUGAGACCACCCCGGGUCCGUCAUCUCCGGCCAAGCUCUCUCUGCGCCCUGCUGACCGUGCGCUGGACGCUCAGCACUGGGUGUAUGCCCAGUCUCUCCUCAGGAGCAGGGUGGACAAGAGUUGCCUGUCCGUUAUUGGCACAAAGGCAAGUGUUGGGGCCAGGGUGGCCUUGUGGACCGAACAUGGGCGUACACAUCAGAAGUGGAGCUUGAAUGAGAAUGGCACAAUCUCCUCUCACUUAAACCGCAACCUAGUGCUGGAUCAGAGAGGUGGGAGUGGAAUUGACAGGGACCACCUGAUCCUGAGCGAGUUCUGCGCUGGCAAAGCCAGUCAGUACUGGGACAUAGAGGCGCUUUAAUGGCAAGAACAUGGAGGCAGAUCUGCUUCUCUGGAACAGGUGUGGCCACUAUAACGGACUGGACCAUCUGAAGCUAAACAGGCUAGUCUCCAAACACUGAAAGAGCAGCAGGAAAUCCACAUCACUUUGGCCUGUUUCUUUUGCUCCAAUGCCCCCAACUAAUUCAGUCUUUCAGUUAAUUAUUGGGCUCCUAACACGCGAGGUGUGUUGGAGCUGUGCUUUGGCCAUCCAGAAGCAGAUGUCAGUUAACUAGGCUCUGUACCGUGACCACUGGGCUGUACCCAUCAAUAUGCGCAGGUUAUCGUCUUUAUUACGGAGAGCGGGACUUGAAACAAAUAACUGUGGACAGAACGGACCUCACUAAAUGAGUGGUGAAGCCUGUUCAUAAAAGGUGUCCUAACUUAAACCAGUAAAAUAAGCCAAUAACCAAAACCACUGCAUACAUAAAUGUACCACUGAUAAGUACCUGGAGAGAAAGCCGAUAUCCCCUCUUGUACUUCCCAUUUCGAGGCAAUAUGAGUUAUAUGCUUGCUUUUUUUUUUGGUUUUAUUCACAGAAGCACAUUUGCACUAUCAAGAUCCUCGCCGCAUCAGGCCCGCUAGUGGGCUAACAGCGCCCCCUUCAUGCUAAUGUUGGUAAUGGCAAGAGUCAUGUGUCUCAAAUGAUGUCAUAUAGAAAGUUCCCUUUACUCAAAAAAUGAUGGCCAACUAAAAAUGUAGAGGAUCUAUUUUAUUUUUUUUUUUAAACUGGUUAAAUCACUGGAUUUAUCACAGUACACUGUAUAAAAUUCAGAAAUUGAUGUAUCAAUAUAUUGUAUGUGCUAUCUAAAAGAAAAUAUUGUAUACAGAUGUCAAGGUAAUAAGCUUACUGUUUUUAAAAUGUAAUUAAAAGACAUGUAAUAUCUGGG